CCUGGCGAAGGAUAUGGUUAUUAAUAUUUACACUGACUCAAAAUAUGUCUUCUUGGUCCUACAUGCACAUGGGGUCAUAUGGAAGGAAAGGGGUUUACUCAAUACAAAGAAAUCCCCUAUCAAACAUGGAGGAGAGAUUUCGGCUCUUUUAAAACUCUGUGCUUCUUCCAAAGCAAGUGGCUGUGGUCCAUUGCCAGGGACGUCGGAAGGAUUUAUCCCUUGAGAGCAUGGAUAAUAACUUUGCUGACCGGGAAGCUAAACAGACGGCUAAACAAAGUAAUCUUUUAAGCUUACUCCCCACUCCCCCUGCUUUGGGCCUUAUUAGUCCUACUUAUACAACUCAAGAAAUAACCCUGGCUCAAGAAAAGCGAUAUACCCAGGAAACAAAAUAGUCUUGGCUAAUUAAUGACCAGGGAAAAAUUUUCAUAUGUAAAAGCCUUCAAUGGAAAUUAUUUAAUGGAAUUCAUCAGGCUACCCGUUUUGGCAAACAAUCAUUGACUCAGCUACUUUCUGAAUCCUUCGAUGGCCAUACUUUCCAUGCCACCAUUAGACAGAUCUGCCGCUCUUGUGCCACUUGUGCUCAAGUAAAUCCAGAGGGGACAGCUAAACCACCUCCUCUGUUAGGGCCUAUACAACGAUGGGGCACCUCUCCCGGGGAAGAUUGGCAACUGGAUUUUACCCAAAUGUCUCCAUGUCAUGGCUAUAAAUAUCUUUCGGUGUUUGUCGAUACCUUUACAGGCUGGACUGAGGCCUUCCCUUGUCGAAGUGAACCUGCAAUCGAAGUAACAAAGGCCCUUUUAAGGGAGAUUAUCCCAUGCUUUGGCUUGCCCAAGACCUUACAGAGUGGACUCAGUGACCACUGAGGACGUGACUGUGACCUUCACCCCAGAGGAGUGGGCUUUACUGGAUCCUUCUCAGAAGAAACUCUACAGCGAUGUGAUGUGGGAAACCUUCAGGCACCUGGCCUCAGUAGGAAUAACAUGGGAAGAUUGUGAUGUUGAAGAUCAGUACAAAGGCCAGGGGAGAAAAGUAAGAAAGCAUAGGGUAGGGAGAGUCUGUGAAAGUGAAGAAGAUAGUCAGUUUGGAGAAAACUUCAGCCUUCUUCCAAAUCUCAGUCUGAACAAGAAAACUACAGGAGCUAAACCAUGGGGAUGCAGUGCAUGUGGAAGAGUCUUCAUGCAUCAUUCAUCCCUUAAAAUGCACAUUAGAUGUCACACUGAACGUAAAACAUAUGACUAUCAAAAAUAUGAAAAGAAGCCAUAUAAAUGUAAGGGAUGUGGGAAAGCCUUCACUUAUUUCACUUUACUUCAAGCACAUGAAAGAACUCAUACUAGAGAGAAACCCUAUGAAUGUGAAAAAUGCAGUAAAGCAUUCACUUGUUCCAGUCAUCUUCUAAAACAUGAAAGAAUUCAUACUGGAGAGAAACCCUAUGAAUGUAAAACAUGCAGUAAAGCAUUCACUUGUUCCAGUUCUCUUCAACUUCAUGAAAGAAUUCAUACUGGAGAGAAACCCUAUGAAUGUAAAAAAUGCAGUAAAGCAUUCACUUGUUCCAGUCAUCUUCUAAAACAUGAAAGAAUUCAUACUGGAGAGAAACCCUAUGAAUGUAAAACAUGCAGUAAAGCAUUCACUUCUUCCAGUAAUCUUCAACUUCAUGAAAGAAUUCAUACUGGAGAGAAACCCUAUCAAUGUAAAAAAUGCAGUAAAGCAUUCACUUGUUCCAGUCAUCUUCUAAAACACGAAAGAAUUCAUACUGGAGAGAAACCAUAUGAAUGUAAGAAAUGCAGUAAAGCAUUCACUUCUUCCAGUCAUCUUCAAAGACAUGAAAGAAUUCAUACUGGAGAGAAACCCUAUGAAUGUAAAAAAUGCAGUAAAGCAUUCGCAUGUUCCAGUUAUCUUCAAGUUCAUGAAAGAACUCAUACUGGAGAGAAACCCUAUGAAUGUAAAACAUGCAGUAAAGCAUUCACUUGUUCCAGUCAUCUUCGAAAUCAUGAAAGAAUUCAUACUGGAGAGAAACUCUAUGAAUGUAAAACAUGCAGUAAAGCAUUCACUUCUUCCAGUAAUCUUCAAAAACAUGAAAGAAUUCAUACUGGAGAGAAACCCUAUGAAUGUAAAACAUGCAGUAAAGCAUUCACUUGUUCCAGUCAUCUUCUAAAACAUGAAAGAAUUCAUACUGGAGAGAAACCCUAUGAAUGUAAAAAAUGCAGUAAAGCAUUCACUUGUUCCAGUCAUCUUCUAAAACAUGAAAGAAUUCAUACUGGAGAGAAACCCUAUGAAUGUAAAACAUGCAGUAAAGCAUUCACUUGUUCCAGUCAUCUUCAAAGACAUGAAAGAAUUCAUACUGGAGAGAAACCCUAUGAAUGUAAAACAUGCAGUAAAGCAUUCAUUUGUUCCAGUUCUCUUCAACUUCAUGAAAGGAUUCAUACUGGAGGGAAACCCUAUGAAUGUAAAAAAUGCAGUAAAGCAUUCAAACCUUCCAGUUCUCUUCGUGUUUAUCAAAGAAGUCACACUGGACAAAAUCCCUUUGAAUGUAAAAUAUGUGUUAAAGCCAUCAGUUCUACCAAGUCUCUUUCAAGACAUGAAACAAUGCACACAGGAGGAAAACCUUACAAAUGUGAAAAAUGCAGUAAAGCAUUUGCUUCCUCCAGAUCUCUUGAAAUACAUGGAAGAAUUCAUACUGGAGAGAAACCCUUUGAAUGUAAAACAUGCAGUAAAGCAUUCACUUCUUUCCAUUAUCUUCGAGUCCAUGAAAAAAGUCACACUAGAGAAAAACCCUUUGAAUGUAAGAUAUGUGGUAGAGCCUUCUGUACUACCACUUAUCUUUCAAAACAUGAAACAACGCACAGAGGAGGGAAGCCCUAUGAAUGUAAAAACUGCAGUAAAGCAUUCACUUCUUCCCGUUCUCUUCAAAUACAUGGAAGAAUUCACACUGCAGAGAAACCCUUUGAAUGUAAAAUAUGUGGUAAAGCCUUCAGUUAUACCAGUUCUCUUUCAACACAUAAAAGAACUCAUACAGGAGAGAAACCCUAUGAAUGUGAAAACUGCAGUAAAGCAUUCACUUGUAACAGUUCUCUUCGAAGACAUGAAAGAACUCACAGUGCAGAGAAAUCCUAUGAAUGUAAAGAAUGCAAUAAAGCCUUCACUGCUUCCAAAUAUCUUCGAGUCCAUUUAAGAAGUCACACUGGAGAGAAAGCCUAUGAAUGUGAGGAAAGUCAGAAAGGCUUUAGUUCUCAUGCAAACUUUUGAGGAUAUGCAUGAAUGCACACUAGAGGUAAAAGCAGGUAGAUAGAAACAAUUUGGGAUUGUGGUGAUCGCACUUCUUUCUUGAAGGCAUGAAAGGACUCACUGGAUAAAAACGUCUUGAAUGUUCAGAGCAUGAGAAAGACUUCAGUUGGCCUACACCCUUCUAUGUGAAACUCCCACCAAAAAGAAAUGUAAAUGUAAGUCAUAUGAGAAAGCUUCAUGGAAAUUAAUUUGUACAUGAGGUUCUAGAAAACUUUCAACAGGAAAGAGUCGUUAUAAAAGUGGUAAAUAUAUUGUAUUUAUCAAGCCUUUCUUAAAGUGCAACAUUAGACUGUGGAUUUCUAUAAAUUACUUCAGAAACGAAUAUUGAGGUGAGAUGAUUCUGCUAGUCCUUCAGAAGUAGUAAAUAAGACUCAGGUAGUGCAUUUCCCGUAAAUCAGUUAGUUUUUUUUUUUUUUUUUUAUAAUGUUUUAAUUGUUCCGUGUUAAAGGGCUAUUGAAAAAUGACAGUUUGUAUUUGUUGUGAUUUUCCUACUGGCCUUGUAUUUACAGUUCCUGGAUAUGCCUCAUCCAUUGUACAUAUUGUACAUGUUUUAGAGAAAGCGCCUUUUUGGGGGUGUUGGGUGGAGGAGCCUGUUUUUAUUUUCUGUACUAUUAAACAGUUGGAAAAAAUUAUGUAUGGCAAGUUUAUCCAAGAGUGUACUUCCUGUGAAUUCUUAUUUUCCCAUUUGGGCCUUUGCUGUUUGUCCUUCCUUCUGACUGGUAUUUGGUGAAUAGACUGAAUUAAGUAGAGGCCUGUGGCAUGCAACAAAAUCUAGAGCUGGACACAUCACCCCUGUACUGCGUUAUGUCAGUGAGAGUAAUCUGAACAGCGAGAUCUUUAAGAAUCUGUCCCCUUUAUGGUGCCGUGUUUGGAAUUCCCCAGUGGCCUCACUUGCAUGAGAUUUGGAAGGCAGAAGCACACAAGGCCUUAGGCCGAUUUUCGAGCCACCACACAGGGAUGGAGACAGUUCCAUAGGAGCUUCAAGGACACCAUCUUCCAUCCCUUUUUCUGGAUUCUUUGCCCUUCUUGUCAAGAGUAUCUUGAAAACCACCAAGAAUUAGUUGAUUUCCAUAUUGUUAGAGAUGCAUUUUCCACUAGUUUCACAUCAAAGAUCCAUUCGAGUUAGGGUCUUUCUGUAAGGCCUUUUGUGUCCACCAGGAAUCUAAUUCAGACCUUCGUGGUUGGGAGUAUUCUCUGAUUCCCCUUUUCUCUAGAUGAUAAUUGACUAAAGUCUAAGCUGUAUAGGAAACUCUUUUGCUGUUCAUAGUACUCAUGAGCACAUUUUCCUGAUUCACCGUGGCAUCUACAAUGGGACAUGAAAAGAAGAACCUGCAAGUUUGUUUCUCUGCUGCCUUGUGCAGCAGCUGCCUCGACCCACUUGUUCCAUGUGAGUACAAUCACCUUUCUCAUGUUGGGAAGACUGUGUGUGUUUCUUGUUACGUGUAGCUUGAAUGUAUUCCCUCGAUGUGUUUUCAGUGACCUUUGAGUGUAUGUCAAUAAAAGUAUGUCCGUCUGUUUGGGAAAUGAACA